CCGGGCUACUCCCUCUCUCGCGCUUCUUUAAACCCUUAAAAAAACAAUUCCUCGAAUCUCUCUCUCUCUCUCUCUCUCUCUCUCUCUCUCUCUCUCAUGAUUUCGAUGCCCUAAAAAUCCCUUGCAAUUUUGAUCAAAUCCCUCUUCCGCAAAUCCAAACGAGGUUGAGGAAUCGAAGGGAUGUUUGGUUCGACGAAUCCUUUUGGGCAGUCAUCAAGUAGCCCAUUUGGUUCCCAAUCAGUUUUUGGGCAGACAAACAAUGGCAACAGCAAUCCUUUUGCUCCCAAACCCUUUGGUAGUACUAGUCCCUUUGGUUCACAGACUGGUGGUUCGAUAUUUGGUGGCACAUCAACUGGUGUGUUUGGAGGAACACAAUCUUCUUCUCCUCUAGGUUCGACUCCACCAUUUGGUGCUUCAUCAGCGCCGGCUUUUGGAAGCUCGGCGCCUGCUUUUGGGGCAUCAUCAUCUCCUGCAUUUGGCGGUGCUUCGUCUUCCUUUGGUGGAUCUUCUGUAUUUGGGCAGAAGCCUGCCUUUGGAGGCUUUGGAUCAACUCCAACUCCAACAAGUCCUUUUGGUGGUGCAUUUCAACAAACACAGUCAGCAUUUGGAAGCAAUCUAUUUGGUUCCAGCACACCUUUUGGUGCGUCGACCCAACCUGCAUUUGGUGCUUCAAGCACACCAGCUUUUGGUGCAGCAAGCACCCCAGCUUUCGGUGCGAUAAACACCCCGGCUUUCGGUGCAACAAGCACCCCAGCGUUUGGGUCUGCAGCAACACCGGCAUUUGGUAGCACAGGAACAGCCUUUGGGGUAUCUAGUGCACCUGCAUUUGGUUCCUCGGGUGCAUCAGCAUUCGGUGCUUCGAGUACCCCUGCAUUUGGUGCUUCGAGCACCCCUGCAUUUGGUGCCUCAAGUACCCCUGCAUUUGGUGCCUCGAGUACCCCUGCAUUUGGAUCUUCUACUACAGCUUUUGGUGCUUCUGGUACUCCCUCUUUUGGUUUUGGAGCCACCCCUGCUUUUGGCCAAUCAGCUUCUGCUUUCGGUAGCACUCCCUUUGGGUCUACUCCAUCUCCUUUCAGUGCACAGAGCUCUCCCUUUGGGUCCCAAACGACAACACCGUCAUUUGGAAAUGCCAGUCCGGGUUUUGGUCAAUCAGCUUUUGGUGGUCAACCUGGGGGAAGUAGAGUAGCACCUUACACUCCAACAUCUGAGGUCGAUGGUGGCACUAGUACACAGCCUGCUGGGAAGCUGGAAUCAAUAUCAGCCAUGCCCGUGUACAAAGACAAGAGUCAUGAGGAAUUGAGGUGGGAUGAUUAUCAAAGGGGAGAUAAAGGGGGACCAAAUCCUGCCAGUCAGCCUGCAAGUGGGCUUAGUUUUGCUGCACCAUCACAGUCAAGUCCUUUUGGUGCAUCAGCAUUUGGCCAGACAUCUGCUAACCCCUUUUCCAGCACUACUCCUCCUAACCCUUUUGGUCAAAAAGCACCAACUUUUGGUUCUUCUGGAUUUGGCUCCACAUCCACUCCUGCUUUCAGCUCACCAUUUAAUGCAACCUCAUCUAGCUCUUUUGGGACAUCCUCUACUGCUCCAUCUCUAUUUGGUUCAUCGUCUGCCCCUGCAUUCGGAGCCAGUUCUUCUCCGUCUCUUUUCGGGGCAUCGAGCACUCCUGCUUUUGGCUCUUCAAACUCAAUUUUUGGUUCUGCUUCAGCACCGGCAAUAAACCCAGGAUUUGGUUCUAGCUUGGCUUUUGGUAACACCCAGUCAUCUGGGUUAUUCAAUUCAUCUACUCCUUCCCUUGGACAGACAGCAUCUGCUUUUGGACAAGCAACCGCUACUUUUGGACAGACUACCCCUGCCUUUGGUCAGACAAAUCCAUUCAGCACGCCAUCAACUGGAUUUGGGGGAAAUUUGUUUGCAAGCAAUUCAAUGCCAUCACUUCUUAGUACCAGCAAUCCUAUGGGUUUUGGUCAAACAACUCCUUCUCUUUCCAAUGCUUUUCAACCAGCUGCAGCUUCUCAGCCAUCAAGUGCCUUUUCUUUUGGCAACUUCGGUCAGACACAAGUCGCACAACCAGCACCUUCAAGUGGUUUCGGUGGUGUGUCGAAUGUUUUUGGUCAGGGCACCUUCGGGCAAUCGAGUGCUGCCAGUCAGAGCAAUGCUGUCAUGCAACCAAUGCCAGCUACAAACCCUUUUGGAACACUCCCUGCAAUGCCUCAAAUAUCGAUUGGUCGUGCGGGUUCUGCACCCUCUGUCCAAUAUGGAAUUUCCAGCAUGCCUGUUGCUGACAAGCCUGCUCCUGUUAGAAUUUCUGCCCUAGUUACUCCUAGACACUUGUCUCAGAGAAGGAUUAAGCUUCCGGCAAGGAAAUACCAUCCUAAAAAAGAUGGUCCCAUGAUACCAUUCUUCAGUAAUGAUGAAGAAACACCGAGCACACCGAAGGCGGAUGCUCUUUUCAUUCCGAGGGAGAACCCAAGGGCGCUGGUUAUUCAUCCCAUAGACCAAUGGCCCUCAAGAACAAGUGCGGAUAAACAAUCUCUUUUGAAAGACUUGCCUACCCCAAUUCAUGAAAAUGGUAAAAUCUCUGAGGGUUCUGCCCCUCCUUUAAAUGGCUACAAAUCUCAGCAUCAUGAUAAAAGCCCAGCGGAGAACGGUUUCAACAAGCGAGAGGAUGUUUUUCCAGCCAAAUCCCCUCAUAAGCUAAAUGGGGUCCAUGGAGAUCAAACCCAAAAGAGUGACUCGUACAUACCAAUCUCUGGCCACAGGGCCGGUGAGGCUGCAAUCGUGUAUGAGCAUGGUGCUGACAUUGAAGCCCUGAUGCCAAAGCUCCGGCAUUCUGAUUAUUACACGGAGCCUCGGAUCCAAGAGCUGGCUGCAAAGGAAAGGGCUGAACCGGGCUACUGCCGUCAUGUGAAGGAUUUUGUUGUUGGUCGGCAUGGCUAUGGUAGUAUAAAAUUCCUAGGUGAGACUGAUGUGCGACGGCUUGAUCUCGAGUCCAUUGUCCAGUUCAACAACCGGGAGGUGAUUGUAUACAUGGAUGAGAGCAAAAAGCCUCCCGUUGGACAAGGCCUCAAUAAAGCCGCUGUGGUAACGCUGCUUAACAUCAAAGGCUCCAACAAGAAGACAGGAGAGCAAUACACCCAAGGGCCAAAGCUUGAGAGGUACAAGGAGAUGCUGAUGAAGAAAACUCAGGAUCAAGGGGCGGAAUUCAUUUCUUACGAUCCAAUCAAGGGUGAGUGGAAAUUCAAGGUGGACCACUUCAGCCUGUACGGCCUUGGAGAUGAAGGCGAUUCGCUCACCUCUGAUUACCAUGCGGAAUAGACUUUCGACCAUGUGAUAUUUGAAUUAAGCAGAAGGCUUGUUUUUGCAAGUGUCAUUGAUUUUUUUUUUUUAUUAUUGGCACUGUGUUUCCCUACUCUCUUGGAGUGUUGUAAUGGGCCUUUUUUUCUUUUCUUUUCUUUUCUUUUUCUUUUUUGAAGUUUAUGUGGGUUGUUGGGUUUUUCUUUUCUGCCGUUUUUUUUUUGUCAGAGAGAGAGAGAGAGAGAGAGAGAGAGAGGAGAUCAAGUCUUUUAGUGGAAAAUGCUUGAGUUUGAAAUUGGAGUUGGUUGAACAAAAUCCAAACACAAACAGGAGCUGCCAUGUUGACCACCACCUCUGAAUGAGAAUACAACGCGAUACUUGCCUGUUAUCA